AUGGACACUGAUGAGACUGCACUGAUAGGCACUGAUAGGCUUCAUGGAUGGGCACUGAUAGGCUGCACUGAUGGGCACUGAGGAGCGCCAGGGGCGGACUGAGAACUCAUGGGGGCCCCGGGCAAUAGGGGAUCAUGGGGCCCCUGUGUCCUUGACCAAACCCAAAAAAGCCUAUGAAAAAGGUACCAGGGGCAUCUCAUGGGGCCCCCUACUGACCCUGGGCCCUCGGGCAGUGCCCGAGUGUUCGAAUGGUCAGUCCGCCCCUGGGAAUAGC